AUGUUGGAUGCGUUGGUGGAGUUUGCUGACAAUGACAUGGUUCUUAUGGACCCUGUGCAACAAUCGCUAGAAGCAUUAAUGCUUACUAUAGGAAAUGGUCAAUGCUCUCAACAACAGGGAGCCGCUUUGAGAAAUACUGAUGCAAGACAGUUCAUACCGCGAAUUCGGCGUAAAAGGCAAAGGUAUGCACAUCAUCAGUAUCUCUACAAGCAUGAUCGAUCUAAUCUAGCCGCCGAGCUUUUCGAUGGGGUGAAUAGUACAGCCGAAUGUCCACCCAUCGGAAUUGCCUAUGAACAUUUCCAAAACGUAUGGUCCGGGGUAACGAAGGAUAAAGGUGCAUUUGUCCGUGGAAAAGAAGUAGGGGCCGAUAUUCUUUUAGCACCUAUCACACUAGAAGAUAUUACGUGGGCCUUGAAAAAUACACCAAAGGAAACGGCAAAAGGACCAGACCAGUUACCAUUAUGGAAGUUGAAGAAGAUCAAACGCACGAAUUAUGGGCUGCAAUGA